AUGGUGUUUGCUUUUACGUCUUUUGGUAUGAAAGUUGAUAACAAAUUUCAAGGGGGAAGAGGACCACCUAACCUAAGAAUACAUGGACAAUCUUGCCAUAUAAUUGGGAGCAUGUUGCCUUUACUUGGACAUUCUCCAAAGUUUGCUCAAUUAUACAUUUACGACACUGACAAUGAGAUUCAUAAUAGAAUUGAAGGAAUAGGCAGCAACCCCAAUAUCAUUCCAGAUAGAGUUAACAAAUUGAAGCUUAUGUUGGAUGAGUUUAACACACAUGCCAAGUCAUUUGGGAUGGCAGCAGAUAGAUUAAAGAAUUGUCCUUUACCCGAUCUUAAGUUGAAGUUAAUAUCUGAUAGAUCAACAAAUGGAAGGAUUUAUAACCAUCCAACUAUUUCGGAGGUGGCAGCCCUUAUCGUCAGUGAUGUUGAUACAGGUCAUAAAAGGGAUAUUCUUCUCGAGAGACAAAGUGGAAAGUUGAAAAGAAUAAGUGAGUUUCAUCCUAGUUAUCUGGCAUAUUAG